CGGGCUUAAUGAUGAUUGGCUCGUAUGUGCGUCACACAGAGAAGCUUUGAUUGGGGCCCGAACGUUGAUGUUAGGGACUGAGAGCAGCGUUGAGUUAGAGGCGGAACCCUUUGUGGUGCGGCUUUGUUUCCUGGGGAGCGCUGUGCUUGGGAACGCUGCCAGGCAAAACGUUGCCAUGGAGAGUGGCUGAGUGAGGAAAGCUGCCCUUGGGCAGGAACUGUUGUUUGAUUUGACUGUGAAGUGCUGAGAUCUCUAGUCCGUUUGGAGAACUCUCCCCCACGCCAUUAAGGAUUUCUUUACCAUUUGGUAUUCUGUAUGAAUGGAAAAAUGCACACAAUACAGACAGUACUUUGUGUUGCCAUAAUGCGAAUCGGUAGCAACUGGUAGUGUAUAAAUGGACUGAGGGCGUGCCCUAAUGAUUUUGGUUGGGGACCCUCUGUUUUCCCGUUUCCGUACCAAGCCAUGAACGACGGGCGAUUACCGUUGGCUGAGAAGGCCAUGUCGGAAGGAUACGCUCGGCUGAGAUACCGGGAUACUUCGCUACUCAUUUGGCAACAGCAGCAACAGAAACUGGAGACGGUCGCCCCUGGGACUUACCUCAGCCGCAGUCAGAGCAUGUGGUACUCGCAGUACGGCAACCAGUCCAUACUGGUACGCGACAAGAACACCCUCAGUAUUUCAAGAGACACCGGCCAAUCAAAAUUUUGCGUAGUCAUGUGACAACGUCUUUUGCACACCUUAAGGCACUUUAUAUUGUAUAUAUUGCUUAGGGGCUUAUUUAUCAAUUGUCGAGUCUGUGAAUUUGAGUUUGUUUUUUUUUUUUUUUAAAUCGAAUAAACUCGAAUAUCUACAAUUUUACGAUCAAGUUUACGAACUCUAAAAACUCGUAAAAUUCGAGUCUGAGAAUACGGCUUGACUUUGCCUAUGACAACUCCUAUUGACAUGGCGAAUUCUUACAGUCGAGUUUUCGGGCUUCUUGCACUUCAUAAAUACCAGACAUUCGAGUUUUCAAACCAUAAUUCAAAUACGAGUUUCUUCGGAGCAAAAAAAAUCAAA